AAAAUGGCGCAGAUGCAGCGAAAAGAUGUAGUCUCUGUCACCAAGGAGACGACGGAGAAGAAGAUAUUAGACGGUGGAGGAGGAGGAGGCUGCGGAUCUUCAUCGUUCAAAUUCAACGCUCAGGCACCUGAAUUUGUACCGCGAUCGCAUACCACCGCACUAACACCGCAGGUUUCUCCGAUCUCCGGUUACUUCUAUCCUUGUUUCCACUACGACGACAUUUCCAUAGGAGGAUGCAGCGGCGGAGUAGAUACUGGUGUUGGUUCUCAGUCGUCGGAUUGGAUCUUCGUCGGAGGAGGAGAUACCGUUCAGUAUCAAAACAUUCAUGAUCCCACGGUUCCGUUUUACGUUUCGAAUCCGGUGGUUCAGUUUCCGGCGAAUCAGAACUUGUCUUCUUCCUCGAACAGUUUGCUUUCUGACGAUCUACGCCUUAAGAUCGUUAAACAGGUUGAAUACCAGUUCACGGACAUGAGCCUCCUAGCCAAUGAGUCCAUCUCAAAGCACAUUAGCAAAGACCCAGAAGGUUAUGUGCCAAUAUCUUAUAUCGCUUCGACCAAGAAGAUCAAGGCUUUAACGAGUCAUCACCACUUAGUUACAUUGGCUCUACGCUCCUCUUCUAAGCUCGUUGUGAGUGAAGACAACAAGAAAGUUAAGCGUAAAAUUCCAUUUACUGAUAGAGACAGAGAGGAGUUACAGGGCCGGACUGUUGUUGCAGAGAAUCUGCCAGAUGAUCACUCGUACCAGAACCUUGAGAAGAUCUUUGGAGUUGUUGGAAACGUUAAAGCCAUUAGAAUCUGUCAUCCUCCAGAAUUCAACACCUCACGUCCAAAAGGAGAUUUCUUGAUGAGCAACAAAAUUCACGCACUUAUUGAGUAUGACCACACUGUUGUCGCGGAUAAAGCUGUGGAGAAGCUGAACGAUGAAAGAAACUGGAGGAAAGGACUUCGUGUGAGGCUGCUUAUUAGAUGCUCGCCCAAAUCAGUCCUCAAGAACAGAAAAAACUUCGAUGGCAUCCUCAUCGAUGAUGAACUCCCUUAUUAUGAAUCAGGAGAAGACUCUCCACGUCUCCAUUUAACCGAACAACACCUUGAUCACGACGGUGAUGACAACAAUAUUGGUGGACUCUGGGGAAAAGGGAGAGGAAAAGGACGAGGACGAUCUCCGAGAAACUAUACAGUAGGAGGCGGAGGACGUAGCUUCGGGAUAGGGCUUGGACUAGGACUCAGCAUCGGCUCAAUGUCACCGAGCCUGGGCCUGCACGAAUCUUCGUCUCCUAAGACUGCUACAAAGGGACCAAGAAUGCCUGAUGGAACUAGAGGCUUCACCAUGGGACGUGGCAAACCUUCAAAUCUCACUUUCACCUAACAAUCUCUAAAUUAUUCCCUUCCAACAACGACUAUUAUUUAUUAUAUUUAAGGAGGUAAAAGCACAAAAAGCUAUAGAAUUGACCAAAUAAUACAUGUGGCUUGUUUUUCUUUUUUUGAAAAUAUGGGUUCACAUAAGUAAG